AUGUCACAAAAUGAUGUACUGGAACUUCACAACAAACUUGUGGACUUUGGCCUUUUUCAACAUAAUACAAACACAUAUGACGUAAAUAGUAAAGUAAAGGGAGACGACCAAGAUGAAUAUCUGACAGAGUUCGAGUGGGUUGACUGGAAUGACUACAGAUUAAUGCAAGAAGACGCCAACAGGACUGGAUUAGGCGAACAUGGAGAUGCUGUAGAUUUGGGGAAGAUUAAAAAGUUGGAAGAGAAUGAAACGAAACUAAACGCUAAAUAUAAAUACAAUGUUGUAUUGAGUGAUAUGAUCUCACUGGAGAGGUCUAUAGGAGACCUCAGGACAGCAGCUUGCAAGAAACAAAAGUUUAUCAAAAACAUUCCACGCAACUCUGUCAGCAUUAUCUCUGUGUUCUAUAACGAAAGAUUAUCGACCCUACUUAGAACACUACACAGUAUCUUUAAAAGGUCCCCUGCUUCAUUACUGAGAGAGGUCGUUCUUGUGGAUGACGCUAGCAGUGACGAAGAACUCAAGAAACCACUUGACGAUUACGUCAGCACACAUUUUGCAAAGGUGAAGGUCGUUAGAAAUCAACAGAGAUCUGGUUUGAUACAAAGUCGGAUGAUCGGAGCAGACACCACAACGGGCAGGUAUCUCGUGUUCUUGGACUCUCACAUGGAGGUCAACUACAACUACCUGCCUCCUCUGGUAGAGCCGAUGGUUUUCAACUAUAGAGCCGUCGUCUGCCCCAUGGUGGACUUUAUCAACUCCGACACAAUGAAAGUGGACGGAUUGACCAACAGAGUCCGGAGUGGUUUCGACUGGAGUAUGACAUAUAAAAGAAUGCCAAUGAAAAAUAUCGAUGACAUCACGCCUCAUCCUAGUCCUACAAUGGUGGGAUGCGCAUUCGCCAUCUCGCGCAAGUGGUGGGAGGAGCUAGGGAAAUACGACCCCGGGCUGCAGAUUUGGGGCGCGGAGCAGUACGAGAUCUCGUUUAAGUCCUGGAUGUGUGGCGGAAGUGUGGUGGAUGCGCCGUGCUCGCGAAUCGCGCAUCUCUUCCGGCCACUUCCCUACGUACGCGAUGUUGAUGACUCUGGCGUCAUUGAAAGGAACUUGCUACGUCUGGCGUCUGUAUGGAUGGAUGGGUACAAAGAUGUCGUCUUGGCUCUAAGGUCGCGGAUGAAGAACAUUGACUCAGGAAACCUAACAAGUCAAUUCGAAAUUCGCGAAAAGUUAAAGUGUAAAUCUUUUCAGUGGUUUCUAGAAGAAGUGGCACCAGACAUCCUUCAAUACUACCCUGUUGUCACUCCACCUUCUGUAGCGUACGGGAAAAUCCGAAACACCAAAAACAACACAUUGUGUAUUCAGAAGAUUCAAGACGAAUUACUAUUGGUUAAUUGCACUACCCAGUCAAUACCUUUGUUCAACUUCGAUUGGAGGAAUCACAUUCAAAAUGAAAAAUGCUUUUGUAACCCCGGAGGGGACUUUGUGUACAUGUUUGAGUGUCUGGACUUCGAAGACCGGCCAACUCAGCAUUUUGCUUUAGAUCCCUCCACUGGACACAUCGCGAAUUUUUACACUCGGCUAUGUCUCGACUUCGACCAAAAUAGCCUGAAACUGAAAAUGAAAAAAUGUGACUCGUCUUCGCCCACUCAAAGGUGGACUCUGGAAAAUGUCAAUUUGACCCUAGCUGGUACACUCUGGUCCAAGUAUGAAGCUGUCACUUAUCACUAUAGUGUUAGGUGA